AAGCAGUAAUAUAACUCUAGUUAAAAGCUAUUUCGAGUAAUUAUAAUUUCUUUAUUUUUCAUAGCCAUAUUAAGAAAAAAAGUGAAGAUAUGGAACAUGCAAAUUAUACCAGAGUGACAGAAUUUGUUCUGACUGGCCUAUCCCACACUCGGGAGGUGCAACUAGUCCUAUUUGUUAUAUUUCUAUCCUUCUAUUUGCUCAUUCUUCCAGGAAAUAUUCUUAUUAUUUGCACCAUUAGGCUUGACCCCCAUCUGACCUCACCCAUGUAUUUCCUCUUGGCUAAUCUGGCCUUCCUUGACAUUUGGUAUUCCUCCAUCACAGCCCCUAAAAUGCUCAUAGACUUCCUUGUGGAAAGGAAGAUCAUUUCUUUUGGCGGGUGCAUUGCACAACUCUUCUUCUUGCACUUUGUUGGAGCCUCGGAGAUGUUCUUGCUCACAGUAAUGGCCUUUGACCGCUAUGCUGCUAUCUGCCGCCCCCUCCACUAUGCUACCAUCAUGAAUCGACAUCUCUGCUGUAUUCUGGUUGCUCUCUCCUGGAUAGGGGGCUUCAUUCAUUCUAUAAUACAGGUGGCUGUCAUUGUUCAACUUCCCUUCUGUGGGCCCAAUGAGUUAGACAAUUACUUCUGUGACAUCACACAGGUUGUCCGGAUUGCCUGUGCCAACACCUUCCCAGAGGAGUUAGUGAUGAUCUUUAGCAGUGGUCUUAUCUCUGUGGUGUGUUUCAUUGCUCUCCUAAUGUCUUAUGCCUUCCUCCUGGCCAUGCUCAAGAAACAUUCAGGCUCAGGUAAGAGUACCAGCCGGGCUAUGUCCACGUGCUAUUCCCACAUGACCAUUGUGAUACUAAUGUUUGGCCCAUCCAUCUACAUUUAUGCUCGCCCGUUUGACUCUUUUUCCCUAGAUAAAGUGGUAUCUGUAUUCCAUACUGUGAUAUUCCCUUUGCUUAAUCCUAUCAUUUACACAUUGCGAAACAAGGAAGUGAAGACAGCCAUGAGGAAGUUGGUCAAUAGAAAUAUUUUAUGUAAAGAAAAGUGAAAGAUAAAUGGUAUAUUCAACAGUCCUUCUGAGGGUCAUUGUCCUGGAGUAGGAAGCAUUUGCAGUGGUAAUAAUGCUGAUUUCACUGUC